AUGUCACAGAAAAAAACAACUUCAAAAACUACAUCAAAAAACAAUAAUAAUAGCAGCAAUAACAACAAUAAUAACAAUAAUAAUAAUAAUAAUAACGAUGACGAAAAUAUUUUAAGUUUUUUAAAUUCAAUUAAAAACGACGAAAAAAAAAAAUCAAGCAAGUCAAACAAUCAACUAAAUAAUAAUAAUAAUGAUAAUAAAAUCGAUGACGAUAAUGAGGAUGAUAAUAUAGAUUUUUUCAAUAAUGAAAAGAAAUAUUUAAAAGUUGAAGAACCGGUACAAAGUGAUGUAGAAAGCGAUAUUGAAGAGGAACUUGGUGUUUAUGAAGAAGAUGAAGACAACGUUUCAUCCGAAGGUGAAGGUGAUGAUUUAUUGGAUGAAGAAUUACAAGAAAAGGAUGAGGAAGAAGCAUUUGAAGCAGAAGAUAAUUAUUAUGAAAAAGAAGGUUUAGACGAUAAACAAUACGAAAAUAUCGACAAUAACAAAAAAAGAGAAGUAGAUUCAAUUUUAAGGAAACGUGAUUUUCAAGAAAUGAAAUCAAAAAAUUUAACCAAACGUUAUCAAUAUAGAAUUUCAUCGUUUAUUAAUGAUGAUGAAAAUGAAAUGGUAGAUGAAGACAAUGAAGAGCAUUUAAAUGAAAAAAGAAAGAAACUAUUAAAAAAAAGAAGAGAAACUAUUAAUAAACAAAAUGAAAAUAUUAAAAAAGAUUAUGAUUCAUCAGUACCAACAUUUUCAAUGAAUGUUAACGAAUUUGAAGAUAAUGAAUAUGAAGAAGAAAUAGAAGAUGAAGAUGCACCAUUUGUAAAUUUAGAAAAUCCAGAUAAAGAUAUUAACCUUAGAGAAUAUGUAUGUUUAACAGCCCCAAGAAGAGAAAUUAGUAAAAGGUUUGCACAAUUCUUGUUAACAUUCAAAGAAAAAGAUAGCAAAACAUUUUAUUAUCAAGAAGCAAUUCAAAAGAUGUGUGCAUCCAAUAAAGAGACUUUGUUAGUUAAUUUUACGCAUUUGACCGCCGCCACACCAUUUGGUUUAUGGGUUGCCGAAAUUCCAUCGGAGAUGAUUGAAAUUUUUGACGAAACUGCGAUGAAGGUCGUACUAUCAUUCUACAAAAACUAUAGAAAUAUCGUCAAAUCAAUUCAUGUUCGUAUUACUCAUCUACCACUCUGUGAAUCACUUCGUGAUAUUCGUCAAACAAGUUUAAACAAAUUAACAAAAGUUGGUGGCGUUAUUACCCGUCGUUCAAAUGUUUAUCCACAAUUAAAAUAUGUCAAGUAUGAUUGUAUAAAAUGUCGAACUACAUUGGGUCCAUUCAGUUUAGACGGUGUAUCAAAUGACUCUAAACCUCCAAUUGGUAUUUGUCCACAAUGUCAAAGUAAAGGUCCGUUCAUUAUCAAUUCAGAGCAAACUGUUUAUCGUGAUUUCCAAAAAGUUACACUUCAAGAAUCGCCAGGUACUGUGCCACCAGGUCGUCUUCCACGUACCAAGGAUAUCAUUUUAAUGGAUGAUUUAAUCGAUACAGUUCGUCCAGGUGAGGAGGUUGAAAUCACUGGUAUUUAUAAACACAACUUUGACAUUAAGCUUAAUCAUCAACAAGGUUUCCCUGUAUUCUCCACAAUUAUCGAGGCCAACCAUAUCAAUAAGAAGGAAGAUUUGCUCUCAUCAUUUAUUUUAACUGAUGAAGAUGAACGUGAAAUUCGUCGUCUUUCAAAAGAAAGUAAUAUAGCCGAUAAAAUUAUCCAAUCAAUUGCCCCAUCCAUCUAUGGUCACGAAGAUAUCAAAAUCGCUUUAGCAUUGGCAUUAUUUGGUGGUAGUCCAAAAGAUAUCAACAAUAAACAUAGAAUUAGAGGUGAUAUUAAUGUAUUAUUAAUUGGUGAUCCAGGUGUAGCCAAAAGUCAAUUUUUAAAAUAUGUCGAAAAGACUGCUCAUCGUGCGGUUUACACUACAGGUCAAGGUGCAUCAGCAGUAGGUUUAACAGCAGCAGUACGUAUGGAUCCAUUGACACGUGAAUGGACAUUAGAAGGUGGUGCUUUGGUUUUAGCAGAUAGAGGAGUUUGUAUGAUUGAUGAAUUCGAUAAAAUGAAUGAUCAAGAUCGUACCUCAAUUCACGAAGCUAUGGAACAACAAUCAAUUUCAAUUUCAAAAGCAGGUAUUGUUACCACAUUAACGGCACGUUGCUCCGUUAUUGCUGCUGCCAAUCCAAAAAGAGGCAAAUAUGAUGCAGGUUUAAAUCUUUUACAAAAUGUUGACCUUACAGAACCAAUUUUAUCUCGUUUCGAUAUUAUAUGUGUAGUUAGAGAUACCAUCGACUCAUUCAAAGAUCGUGAAUUGGCUAGAUUUGUUGUUCAAAGUCAUGUUAGAUCACAUCCCAACCAAGUAAAUGGUGAGUUUGACUAUCUCUCUAAAGCCACCAAACAAUCACCCAUAUCUCAAGAACUCUUAAGAAAAUAUAUUAUCUAUGCUAAACGUAUUCGUCCAAGAAUUACAAAUAUCGAUAAAGAUAAGAUUUCAAGACUCUAUACCGAACUUCGUCGUGAAUCUAGAAAUGGUGGUUUUGCAAUGACUGUUCGUCAUGUCGAAUCUAUUAUCCGUAUGGCUGAAGCCCAUGCUAAAAUGCACCUAAGAGAUUAUGUAACCGAUGUCGAUGUUAACACUAGUAUUCGUGUAAUGUUAGAUAGCUUUAUCAAUGCUCAAAAACACUCAAUGUACAAAAAUUUACGUAAAAAAUUCGCUCCAUAUGUCAACUUCCAAAAAGAUAACAAUAUAUUUUUAAUUCAACUAUUACAAUCACUUGUCAGAGAACAUACAAACUAUCACAUUACAAGAAGUGGCCAAAUACCCGAUCAACUUACAAUACCAUAUGACGAUUUCGAUACCAAAGCUCGUGAGUCUGGUAUCACCGAAUUAACAAAUUUCUUUAGCUCUAAUGAAUUUACUUCAAGACCAGAGUUUUCUCUUAAAAAAGACAAAUCAGUUAUUAUGUUUACAAGAAAUAAAAUAAAUUCAUAA